UUCUCUCUCAUCUCUCUAUAUAAAAACCCCCCAAUCUCACACCAGUUUUCCCCAACCGAUCUCCGCCCUUCCACCGCCUCUCGUCUCCCUUCUUCCAAUUCAUCUCUCCGCCGUCGUCCGGUGUCCCCAUCGACCGCCGCUGCCCUUGAAACCACCGUCUAUGUACCGGAUCUAUCAGUUUCUGCUGAAACCCUAAAAAUUCAAUUUGAUUUUGAUUCACAUAACCCUUUUCUCCCCCUUCUCUCUCUAUUUACAAUUUUAGCCCUCACCCUAAGCGUAAUUACCGUUUUAGCCCUUCCCUGUUUCUCUAUGUUGUUUCGUGUAGUCGAUUUCUCCGACGACGAAUUCACCAGUCCACCGGAAAACACUUUCUGCAUUUCGGAGAGGAAGUAGCACACAUCGGAGUUGACGUUGUGUGACGAUGAAUGACCAACGGCGAUACGGAAUGUUGAUGCCUGGAGCAUCGCGAUUCAAGCGCAAGGAGAGGGAAUCAGUUUAUCCAGCGAAACGAUCACCACUAGCACCACCACCACCACCACCACAGAAGCUGACACAGGCGACAGUUGCCUCAUCUACGGCUUCUAAAGGAAGUAAAGGAAUGGAAGCGAUGUCAUCGAACAAACUCUUAGCUGGUUACAUGGCUCACGAGUUUCUAACGAAAGGAACUCUAUUAGGACAGAAGUUCGACGGAGGAGCUGCGGCGAGAGGGAAAACAGAGGCGAACGGAAAUGAAACUUACAAAGAGAUCACGAGUUUGCUGAUGAUGAAAACCGAUGGAGGAGGAGGUGGAGGAGCUCGUAUACCUGGAAUCGUGAAUCCUACACAGCUUGCUCGUUGGAUUCAGAUGUAAUUGGGGAAGAAGAGUACAUGUACGUAAUGUACAAAUCACAUCGGAAUCAAUACUUUCUUCCAUUUUCGGUUUGGUUAUAUAUAGUCUCUAUGUUGUUCUUGUUUUCGUUAAUGAAUGUCUUAAUGAUUUGAUCGUAUCAUCUAUAAUACGAUAUCGAUAUGAUCUGUUUAAACUAAAAUUUUGGAUGGAAAUUAAACGUUUACUAGUGCUCUUA